GUAUUUGCUGUAGAAAAAAAUUAGUUUUUCUGUAAAAUUCUUUACCAAUCUCCUUCAGGAGACCGACCGAUAAUCAGGAGAGGGGGAUUUCGAAUUUCCCGGGCGCUCCUGGAAAUUACCCACAAGAAAGUCUGUUUUUCAGUCAACGCCGUGUAAUAUGGCGGACGUAGUAGCUGACGUGCCUGACCAUUGUCCAGGAACACAAAGUGAGAAUGCUGGAAAAGCAUCAGCCUGUGCAGGCUGCCCAAAUCAAAAUAUUUGCUCCUCUGGAGAAGCUAACAAAGUAGAUCCUGGGGUCGAACUUGUCAAGGAACGUCUGUCUCACGUUAAGAACAAAAUUCUGAUACUCUCGGGUAAAGGUGGUGUUGGAAAGAGCACCAUCACCUCACUCAUUUCCAGAGCAUUGGCAGCAGAUGAUUUAGAACGUAAUGUUGCAGUCUUAGAUAUAGACAUUUGUGGCCCAUCUCAACCAAGGGUACUGGGAGUGCUGGGUGAACAAGUUCAUCAAAGUGCUUCAGGAUGGUCUCCAGUGUACAUCGAAGACAACUUGUCACUUAUGUCGAUUGGAUUUCUUCUUGGCAGUCCAAGUGAUGCAGUUAUAUGGCGGGGUCCCAAAAAAAAUGGUAUGAUCCGUCAGUUUUUAUCUGACGUUGACUGGGGAACCCUAGAUUAUCUGAUAUUGGAUACACCACCCGGUACAUCAGAUGAACAUUUGUCGGCAACAUCGUAUUUGAAAGGUGCAGGAAUCACGGGUGCGUUAGUGGUCACUACUCCACAGGAAGUUGCUCUCCUCGACGUCAGAAAAGAGAUUGAUUUUUGUAACAAAGUGAAGAUCCCUAUUCUUGGUGUAAUAGAAAAUAUGAGCGCAUUUGUCUGUCCGAAAUGCAAGACUUCGACCGAAAUAUUCCCUGCGUCAACUGGUGGUGGGCGUCAAUUAUCUACAGAUCUAAACAUUGAAUUCUUGGGGUCCAUUCCUCUGGACCCACUGUUAGCCAGAUGUUGUGAUGAAGGAAAAAACUUCAUCACCGAAAUGCCUGAUUCACCAGUCGUAGCUGCGUUGUCACCGAUAAUUCAAAGAAUUAUACAGAAGUGCAGUAAGAAGGAAACUACAUCAGUGGUGGACGAUUGAACGUAGACUUCUAUUUUGCAUAGGAUUAGAUGUAUCGAAUUGCUAUUAUGAAACUUUUGAGAUUUUAUUUCUGACGAUUGUUAAAUCUCGGCUAACGAUGUAGAAUAACAUGGCGUUAAGUAAAUAGUAUACAGAAAUUGAUCAAAAGUGAACCAAUUUUUAUGAGCGCUUGGAAAAUUUUGCACAAAUAAAAAUUUACUAUUUUCUCUA